UAGGACUUUUCCUCGCGAGAUUUGGCGAGAGUACAGGGGUGAAAGUCCCGGAUGUUCACCUUCUUUCGGAGAGUGGGAGGGCGAAAAUAAUUAAGAUGUUGUCCUCGACUGUUCGUCAACUUUCCAGCGCCUUGGUGCGACAGACGCGUGCCCUGCACCGGUCGGCACCGGCACUGGGCGGUGGAGGUCAGCUGUUUGUGCACCGUGACAGCCCUGAAAACAACCCGGAUACACCGUUUGAAUUCACUGAAGAAAACAUGAAGAGAGUGCAGCUGAUUAUAAACAACUACCCAGUGGGACAUGAGGCUGCUGCUGUCAUCCCUGUACUGGACCUGGCUCAGAGACAACAUGGCUGGGUUCCCCUGUCUGCCAUGAACAAGGUAGCAGAGAUCCUGAAGAUGCCCAGAAUGAGAGUGUAUGAGGUGGCUACUUUCUACACCAUGUUUAACAGGAAGCCAGUAGGGAAGUACCAUGUGCAGAUCUGCACUACCACUCCCUGUAACCUAGGGGGCGUCGGUUCUGAUGUCAUCCUGGAAGCCAUCAAAAAGAAGCUAGGAAUCAAUGUUGGAGAGACCACCAAAGACAACAUGUUUACCCUGAUAGAAGUGGAGUGCCUGGGAGCCUGUGUUAACGCACCCAUGGUCCAGAUCAACGAUAACUACUACGAGGAUCUGACAGCAGCAGAUAUAGAGGAAAUACUGGAUGAUUUGAAGGCAGGGAAGACACCAAAAGCUGGGCCCAGGAAUGGCCGUUUUGCGGCGGAACCACUCUCAGGACUCACCAGUCUUACAACGCCGCCGACUGGACCCGGCUUCGGUGUGCGGGACGACUUGUAAGGGAAACAUCGUGCUGCACAGCUAUCUCUGUACAUAACACCAGACAACUAUCCAACAUGUGUGAAAACUGUAGUUAUUGUGCUCACUUCUGUGAGAAUAUCCUUCAAUUAUUCAUUGUGAUGAACAUCAGAUAUUAAAAGCGGUAUCUGAA